AAAUAGGACGACAGGGUGAAAAUGCAGUUGAUCCUGGUUUGUCCCCUUAGACUUCCCGUAGUGCUGUUUACAUCACUAGACAUGAAGAUGUCGGAGGAAUACAGGGAGAAAUCCACAAUAACAGCGGAGGAUGUGCAGAAUCUCAUAAAAAAGAAAGAUGAAAUCGAAGAACAAAUUAAGGCAUACUACGAUGUGCUUGAAGAUCAAGGCGUCGGCGCGGAGGGUCCUUUGGUUGAUAUAGAGGGCUUCCCGCGGGCAGACUUGGAUUUGUACCAGGUCAGAACAGCUAGGAACAGCAUUUCAUGCCUGCAGAACGACCACACGUCUCUGAUGCUGGAGAUCGAGGAGGCCCUACACCAGCUGCAUGCGCACGAGCGCGCGAAGAGGGAGCGUGACCAGCAGGAGGCGGUAGAGGAGGGCAUGGAGCAGGAGAGUCCGCUGCCUCCUGCCUUUGCACGAGUCGACCACGUGACGCAAGGCUCACCAGCCAGCCAAGCUGGAUUACGAGUUGAAGAUGAAAUCAUUGAAUUCGGCUCAGUCAACCCUGGAAACUUCCAGAACCUCCAGAACAUUGCCUCAGUGGUACAGCACAGUGAAGGGGCCCUUAGUGUUGCUGUGGUCAGGAAUGGACAGAGGGUCCAGAUGAACCUGGUGCCCCAGCGCUGGUCGGGCCGAGGGCUUCUGGGGUGCAACAUCCAGCCCCUUCACAGAUGACCAGGUGACGAGAUGACACAGGGUCACAGGGUCACAGGUGACAAGAUGACACAGGGUCACAGGGUCACACCUGAAACCUAACCACGACUUCAACAACCUCAGUUCAGUUGAAUCAUUGUGUACAUAAUUUCUUUCCAAGUAUUGUCAAAGUGUUGUCAUUUGCCCGGUUUUCCUUAGGCCUUCAUUCGCCUGAGUACCUAGAUUGGUAAUGGGUUUGCUGCGACUAAAUUGCAGAUUUUGUAAUAACGGUAAAGUUGGUGAAAUAAAAGGCUUUUCGUUCACAAA